AUGCUCCGCGUACUCGAGAUUCAAGAGAUGAUCGGCCACGAUUCAACCAAAGACCAGACUCAAAAGGCGCUAGAAGAGAGGGAUACGGACGGGCGUCGUCUGAUACUAGAUCAGGAGCAAGAAGCGAGACGGAACCCCAGAAGACUUCACGUCGUCUCUGCGAUGAAAGCGAACCGACGCAAAUUCUACAAUCUCUAUGUGCAUUCACGAGGUGCGAGUCGAGAUGGUCUUAUGUCUCGCAUCAGAGCUCAGAAGCUCUUCUCGAUCACACAUGAAGUCGGAGACGAGUACAUGCGCGCUUUAGACAAAGCUAGUAGUGGUCGACCACACAACGGUGUGAUACUCGAGGCAUCACCUCUGCCUGUCCCGCCCAUCACUGAGCUAAAGACAGUAUCUAUGGAAGACGAGAGCUUUAGCGUUACACUCGAUAGUCAAAGUGCAGAAGAUGUGCUUGUUAAUGGCAAGCAAGAGUUGUACUCUUACAAGUCCGGAGGAUGGAGGCAUCCACUGAUUCUCUACGUUGAUGGCGUGGUCGAUGAAGGCAACCUUGGAGCUAUUGCUCGUUCGGCCUAUGUCCUAGGUGCGGACGCCAUCAUCACGCCGACCCAUCACACUGCAAAUUGGAGUCACAUUGCAGUGAAGGCUUCCGCCGGCGCCGCCGAAGCUAUUCCGCUUUUUAAGGUCGGAGACUCGAAUGACUUCCUGAAGAAGAGUGCAAAUGCAGGCUGGUGUAUAUAUGCGAGCGACGCUGUUCCACCUCCACCCUCAUUUACCUCGUCAACUGUCGAUUCCAUGGAAGCCGGGGCCAACAAAGUCGUUUACAGUAUCUCGCACACGAGAAAACGACUUCCUACUGACCACAGCCCUGUUGCAGAGCACCCUACAAUUCUCAUGAUGGGCGCAGAGGGCACGGGGUUGAAGACCAGUUUAGUCAAUCUGGCGCGUUACAAAGUCGGUAUUCCUCAUGGCCGCGAGUCCAACGAGGUUGGGGUCGACAGUUUGAACGUCAGUGUCGCAGCAUCGAUACUCUGCUACGAGAUGCUGCAGAAACCCAAGGCACAGCCUGAGCGCGAACCUGAGGACGUUGUCUUCUAG